UUUUCCUCUUGCUGCUCUGGAUGCAGAGCACACUGUCUGAAGACCAGCCUUGUCUAGAAAGGAAAUUUAAUUCUGAAAGCUUCAGACAGGGUGAAAAGCCUUUCAGAAUUUUUCUUUGGCUGCUGAAGGCUUUACCUGUGGCUACAUUACCUUCUGAUUUCUUUCUUGGGGAAUGUUUGCCCGAUGCCAUUCGAGACCCCGCCCUCAGAGAGCGUGUAAUCUAGAAGGGGAGACGGCACAAGCCCUGGUCUGGAAUCUGAGGCUCUCCUCAAUUGAAAAAUUGGUGAGCAGCAUGUUUUGCCCACUGAAACUCAUCCUGAUGCCAGUGUUACUGGAUUAUUCCUUGGGCCUGAAUGAUUUGAUUGUUUCCUCCCUUGAACUAACAGUCCAUGUGGGUGAUUCAGCCCUGCUGGGAUGUGUUUUCCAGAGCACAGAAGAGAAGCAUGUGACCAAGGUAGACUGGAUGUUCUCAUCAGGAGAGCAUGCCAAGGAUGACUAUGUGCUGUACUAUUACGCCAACCUCAGCGUGCCUGUGGGGCGCUUCAAGAACCGUGUACGCUUGGUGGGAGACAUCUUACGCAAUGAUGGUUCUCUCCUGCUCCAAAAUGUGGAAGAAGCUGACCAGGGAACCUAUACCUGCGAAAUCCGGCUGGAAAGGGAAAGCCUAGUAUUCAAAAAAGCCGUGGUGCUGCAUGUAUUACUGGAGGAACCCAAAGAGCUCAUGGUCCAUGUGGGUGACUCGACUCAGCUGGGGUGUGUUUUCCAGAGCACAGAAGAGAAACGCAUGACCAAGGUAGACUGGAUGUUCUCAUCAGGAGAGCACGCCAAGGAGGAGGUUGUGUUACGUUAUUACCCCAAACUCAGUGUCCCUGUGGGGUACUCCGAGAACUGGGGCCGCUUCCAGAACCGUGUAACCCUGGUGGGGGACACUUCCCACAAUGAUGCGUCUAUCUUGCUGCAAGGAGUGAAGGAGUCUGACAGAGGAAGCUACACCUGUAGUAUCCACCUGGGGAACCUGACCUUCAGGAAAACCACCACACUGCACGUGAUCGUGAAAGAGCCCCGAACAUUGGUGACCCCAGUAGCCCUCAGACCUGAGAUCCUGGGUGGUAAUCAGGUGGUGAUCAUUGUGGGCAUUGUCUGUGGCACUGUCCUGCUGCUUCCUGUUCUGAUAUUGACCAUGAAGAGGACCCACAGGAACGAGAGCUCAGUAACCUCCACAAUGCUGGUAAAAAGCCUGGAGAACGUAAAGAAGCCUGAUCCAGAGAAACAUGUUUACUCUUCAAUAGCCACACGGGAGCAGAUCGAGGCGGAAGAAGAAUCCAGUGGAAAAGCAGAGGCCACCUACAUGACCAUGCACCGAGGACACAUGAUUCCCAGAUGAUGGCAGCGGAGAAGGAUCCUGCUGAGGGCGCGUGAGGUCAGGGACCUGGCCGGGUUCCACCCAGUGAAACAGUAGCCCCCCCUCUGAAGUCGCGUGCGGUCCUGUUUCCCCUGCCGUCCUUCUCCUGGGACUACCACGGGAUGCUCCAGGCGCUGCCGGGCCUCGUGCGGCCUCCCGGACACUCGCUGCCGACAGCUGCACGGUGGCUGAGAGCGGCCCCACCGGCAUGGCACCUUUGGCAGAAAACCUGGGAGCCGCCACCUCUACCCCCCAUGUUCAGCGGAGGUGCUUGGAUUGAAACUUUGCGUAGAACAGCACUUCUGUCAUUUUGAAACAGGUGCAAUGAGGCGAGUGUGAUGAGAGGCCAAAGCCACAAGACUCAAAGGCUUGUAGAGGCCAGUCAGGUUGUUUUAAAGGCCGUGGGCCAAAUUCGGGGAGCCUCUGGGCGAAUCCCGGCCCGCGGGCCACCUGUUGGAGACCUUUGGUAGAGAGGCAUUAUUUGAUUAGGGAGCAGGGAUAACAACAAACUUUGGAUUUUGUUGUUUUGUUGUUGUUGAAUUGAUUACAUUUACUUCAGAGGAGGGGGCACCGUGUCCCCUUUCUGGGGCCGGACAACACAGUGGUUAACAUCACAAGCUUGAAGUUGGGCAGACCUGGGCCCACAGGCCUGGCUCUAUGACUUAGAUGCAGGUAGCUUAGCCUCUCUGACACUUGGUUUCCUCAUCCUUAAAAUGGGAAUCAUAAUAUCCACCUCCCGGUGGUGAGGCUCUCAUGCGUGAGUGCUGGUGAAAUUCAGAAUUGGGUCAGAGAGAUGGAAAGAGCUCAGUACAUGGUCACUAUUCUGAUGGAAAUACUUACACCUGUGCUUUCUUUCCUCCCCACCCCC